AUGAUUAACGCUUUCGUUGAGAGGCGGCACCAUGAGACGUUGUCGUUUCAUCUACCACAUGGUAAGGUGACGAUCACACUCGACGACGUCGCGUGCCGGCUGCAUCUUCUGAUUAUAUGGACAUUCUUGGAUCAUGAGAGGAUCGAUAAAGAUGAGGCGUUGGAUAUGUUGGUUAAGAAGUUGGGAGUUACCCCUCAGAGUGUCCUGGGAGAUAUUGAUAAAACUCUUGGUUGCCACGUCAGGUAUAGUUAUUUGGGUCAAGUGUUCACGAAUGGGAUAAGGCGUGCACGAGAGGCUGAUAGUGAUCCCGAGCAUGUUACCAUUCACAAGAGGUUUUCUACGAGAGCAUACCUUUUGUAUCUUGUUGGCAGACAGAUUUUUGUGGACACUAGAUGGAUCCUACAGCACUUUUCCCGCAUCUCGGGUUGGUCACUUGCUACGGGUUAUACUGAAGAUAAGUCGCGUGCUUGUGCAGACGACCCGCUCAGAGGGAUCCAGGCGAUAGAGUUGUUCCGGGUGUACAUUGACAGGCUGGUGCAUGAGGACAUACACUUGUGUUCAUACAUCGACUACCGUGUGACGAUACCAUUUGACGAGGUUGCGCUAUUUACGAUUUGGUUGGCCCGCGGAAUUCGCAAGACGACUACUUAUAUGUCUGAGCGGGUGAUGCGUCAGUUCGGGUUCACCCGGACUAUUCUCCGAGAUCCUACUGUAUAUGCUCCUCUGACGGUAAAACAGAGGGAUAUGGAUGCUUUGUUUGAUGAUUUUGAGAAUCAUCUUGUUCUUGAUGAGGCUAGGAGUACCGUAGCACCAUAUGAUUGGAGCUACAAGCACGGUUACAUGAUAUAG